GCACAGAUGGUAUUGACCAAUCAUGAAUGAGCUUGAUUUAAGUGCCGCCUACUAUGACGAAGAGAGCCAAUCAUCAGUCAUGUUGACAUCGCUAAGGGAGGGGUUACCGGAAUAUAGUCUGCAGGGUAACUGUUAGCACCAAAACAGUUAUGGCCAAACAUGCGGUGUUGUUAUCGGGGGCAAAAAUGUGGAGAUCUAUGGCCUGUGCAAAGUCAGAACUGCGCCUGGAUCUCACUCUUGCUUGUGGACAAUCUUUCCGCUGGAGAGAAACUGCAGACGGCCACUGGACCGGAGUGAUGGGAGGACGAGUUUGGACUCUGACUCAGACAGAUGACACUCUUUGGUACCGAGUUUACAAAAAACAAGACAUUGGGGUGGAGGGAAGUGACAGGAAGAGGAAAGCUUAUGUUUCUCUCCAGACAGAGAACGAGUCAGAGAAGAGAUUCCAAGGAGCUUUGAAGAAGGAAGAAGAGGAGCCGGUGGCUGUGACUUUAGUGCAGGACACUCAUGAGGAAGAAGAGAUGCUGAGAGAUUACUUCCAGCUAAAUGUGAAACUGGGGGAUCUCUAUAAGGAAUGGGGAGCAGCAGACCCCCACUUCAAGCACAUUGCAGACAUCUUUACAGGUGUUCGUAUGCUGCGACAGGAUCCCACUGAAUGCCUGUUUUCUUUCAUUUGUACCUCCAACAACCACAUCUCUCGUAUUCAGGGCAUGGUGGAGAGGCUGUGUCAGGCUCUGGGCGCCCCACUGUGCCAACUGGAUCAAACCUCUUACUACAACUUUCCCUCCCUGUCUGCGCUUGCAGACAGCAGCGUAGAGGCGUGUCUCAGGGAUCUAGGUUUUGGAUACAGGGCUCGGUUCCUUCAGCAGAGCGCAAAGCAGAUUUUGGACACCCAUGGGCUCGAGUGGCUUGAAGGUCUACGUCGUGUCCCAUAUCUGCAGGCCUGUGAUGCUCUGCGCACUCUCCCCGGCGUGGGAACCAAGGUGGCAGACUGUGUAUGUCUGAUGUCCCUGGAUAAGGCAGAGGCCGUGCCCAUAGACACACACGUGUGGCAGAUUGCUAAACGGGACUACAACUAUGCUUCUGGCAACAGACAAAAGAGCAUCACGGAUAAACUUCACAGAGAUAUUGGGGAUUUUUUCCGAAAACUGUGGGGUCCUUAUGCUGGUUGGGCGCAGUCGGUGUUGUUCUGUGCUGACCUCAAGAAGUUCCAAAAGCUGAAAGAAGUGCCACAUCUGAAACAGCCGCAGGAAGAGGAACAUGGUGAAGGAGAAACAAGCGUAGUGUGCAAGAAAACAAAAAUGCAGAGAGAAAAAGAUGCCACUGUGAAGAACAUGAAAACCAAGCCAGCGUCUCACAAGAAAGCAAAGCUCUCUGCCUAGAAUGAGAGAAUGGUAUGAGGAAAACACACUUCUUACAUCAGGAAUGAAAUAUAUAAAAUAUGUAUUUGUCAAGAACUUGGUAUAAAACAAAUUACUGUAAAAACAUUCUCAGGGGUUUUUGUUUACACGUGUGGUUUACUGGGACCUCACCCAUCUCUACUCUAGUUCACUACUACAGUACAAAUACAGCACACUGGUUGUGAGGGAAUUAAGGGGUACUUUGACUUAGGUUUCCCCAGGUUAUGAUUGGGUCAAUUUUUGAGCUAAAGUAAGCCAAAGGUGAAAGCCAAGGACUCUCUAAAACAGUCGCUCAGACUCUGCCUCACCUCUCUGUCUGCUUGGUCGAUUGACUGACGCAGCUGCCUUGAUAAUGAUGAACUCUUAUCCAUUUGUUAGGUGACCCAAGGUGAAGAUUAUCUUAUUAUUCUUCAUUACAGACAGCCAGACUGACUGGUUCUAUGUAGAAAGUGUUGUAUGUGGCUUCAAUGACACACAACGUGUCUUGAUUUGAACCAAUAUCCAAUAGAGUCUUCACACAUACAUAGAGGGGUGAAUAAUUACCUUAGUUGGGCACUUUCUGAAUCUCUGUAGGUCUUGGAAGGAUAAAUAUCCCUAUCCAUUAAACCAUGCAGUGUAAGUCUUCAGCCUCUGAAACUUCAUCACACCUAAACCUGGCUCCCUUUAUUUCCAUAACACUGUUGUUGUUGUAUUGUUUUUACAAUAAAGACAAAAUAACUUA